AGUUAUGUUUUUUUUCCCCUCGUCUCUUUCACUUAUCGAAGGUCGGGGGGAGAGACGGGCACUUGAGCUGAAAAUAGAAAAGAGUGAGAGAGAGGCGAAGGUUUAUUUGCUUCGUUAAUGGUGGUUAGGGUUUUCUUUUGAUCUCCCCUCCAAAAGAAACCUUAGUGUCUCCCGCCUAAUAUUUCAGAUCCCGCGCUUUCUCUCUCUUCUCGUUACCGGAAAACCCUAACUAGAGGUUUCCUCAAUCUUUCAAGUUAACUUCGAUUUUUCAGUCUCGAGGAAUCCUCGUGGUUAUUUGGAUUGAAAACGUUUGAAAUCGGAAAGCGAGAAGCUGUGAUGGGCGCUCAAGAGAAGCCUCAAGGCAACGCCAACUCGAUGCAGCGAGUAAAGGUCUAUCGUUUGAAUGAUGAUGGUAAAUGGGAUGACCAAGGAACUGGGCAUGUCACUGUUGAUUAUUUGGAGAUGAUUGCAUAUGUUAUAAUUCAGAGAUCAGAGGAGCUUGCUUUGUUUGUUUUCGAUGAAGAAGACAAUGAGACAUUGCUUUCGCACCGUAUCAGCCCUGAUGACAUUUACAGAAAGCAGGAAGAUACAAUCAUAUCAUGGAGAGACUCAGAAUAUUGUACAGACUUAGCUCUUAGUUUUCAAGAAAAUACAGGAUGCUCUUACAUAUGGGAACACAUCUGCAAGGUGCAAGGAAAUAUGCAUUUCAAUUCUCUUAACCAUGAGACAUUUCACACAAUGAAUAAUGAGUUGAGGGAGUUGCCUGCUGUGGAGCUUUCCACUCUCCCCAUAAUCCUCAAGAUUGUCACCGAGAGUAGCCUUGCUGAUCAGAUGCAGCUGACUGAACUUAUAUUAAAUGAUCAAGCUUUCUUCCAGAAGCUGAUGGACCUAUUCAGAAUAUGUGAAGAUUUGGAAAAUGUUGAUGGUCUUCACAUGAUGUUUAAAAUUGUGAAGGGGAUAAUUAUGCUCAAUAGUCCUCAAGUUUUUGAGAAAAUAUUUGGGGAUGAAUUAAUCAUUGAUAUUAUCGGUUCCCUAGAAUAUGAUCCUUUUGUUCCCCAGGUGCAACAAUAUCGUAAAUUUCUGAAAGAACAAGCUGUUUUUAAGGAGGUCAUUCCAUUUAAAAAUCCAGUAGUCUUGUCAAAGAUACACCAGACAUACCGAGUUGGUUAUCUGAAGGAUGUUGUUUUGGCAAGGGUAUUUGAUGAGGCCACAGUUGCCAGUUUGAAUUCUAUAAUUCAUUCGAAUAAUGCUAUUGUUAUUUCUUUAUUGAAGGACGAUAGCACCUUUAUUCAAGAAUUGUUUGCAAGGCUGAGGUCGCCAACCACAUCUGCUGAAUCAAAGAAAAAUCUGGUAUAUUUCCUGCAUGAAUUUUGUAGUUUAAGCAAGAGUCUGCAAAUGGGACAGCAGCUUCCAAUAUUUAGGGAUCUUAUGAAUGAAGGUAUCGUUGACAUUAUAACUGAUGCUUUGCAGAGUGAAGAUAAAAAGAUUGUACUAAUGGGGACAGACAUCCUCAUACUAUUCUUGAAUCAGGAUCCAAACCUUCUGCGGUCUUAUGUUGUUCGUCAGGAAGAAAAUCUACUUUUAGGACUUCUGGUUAAAGGGAUGAUAACAGAUUUUGGAGAGGAUAUGCACUGCCAAUUUCUUGAAAUUCUUCGUAGUUUGCUAGAUUCGGUCACAUUUACUGGAGCUCAGGUUCCAAUCUUGAUAUUUUAUUUCUGUUUGCAAAUGUUAAAUUUUGGUAGGUGGGAAAUUGUGGACUCAUACAGUCAUGCUACUAAUUACCAUAUGGUCAGGAGAGAUACAAUUGUUGAAACUUUUUAUGAGAAACAUUUGGGCCAGCUAAUUGAUGUCAUAAUAUUAUCAUGUCCUCAUGAUGAGGUGUCAACCGGUAAAUUGGCAGGCACUGCAGGGAGAGUUGAAAGCCAAAAUAGCACAAAGCCUGAAAUUCUGUUAAACAUAUGUGAAUUGUUGUGCUUUUGUGUUGUCCACCAUCCAUAUAGAAUAAAGUGUAAUUUUCUCCUUAACAAUGCCAUAGACAAAGUUUUGUUACUUACGCAGAGAAGGGAAAAAUACCUUGUAGCUGCUGCAGUUCGCUUUGUUCGCACUAUUCUCUCUCGUCAUGAUGAACAUUUGAUAAGUCACUUUGUCAAGUACAGCCUUCUCAAAUCAAUUGUAGAUGCUUUUGUUGCUAAUGGUAAUCGUUACAAUGUGCUGAAUUCUGCAGUCUUGGAACUUUUUGAAUAUAUCCGCAAGGAAAACCUGAAAUUAUUGGUUAAACAUAUAGUUGAUUCAUUUUGGAAUCAGUUGGUACAGUUUGAGCACUUGCCUUCUCUUCAGUCUUUCAAAGUCAAAUACAAGCAGUUCUUGGAAAAUUGUGGACCUGAAACAAAUGUUAAUGCACCGGACCCUAGAAAACGGAUUGAUGAGCGUGCUUUGGAGAAAGAAGAGGAAGACUAUUUUAAUGAGGAGAGUGAUGAAGAGGAUACAACAUCUGCAUCUCAUCCUCAGAAAGUGCAAUCUCAGCCUGUUUUAUCCAAUGGAGUUUCUGUCAGCUGCCCAUCAUCACGCCCUAGAUCUGGGGGGCUUGUUGACUAUGAUGAUGAGGACGAUGAAGACUACAGACCACCUCCAAGGAAACAGACUGAAACCUCGGAGGAUGAUGAAGGAAGCAUGGAGUCCCUUGGCUUGAAGCGUAAGUUGACUCCUAAGGAAAAGGAACCUGGGCUAGCUAAGAAGCAGCGUUUGGGUAAAAGCUCUAAACCAAGAGAUAGUGUAUUUGCGGCUUUGUGUUCAACCCUAAGCCAGGCAGUGCUGCCUAGUAAGAAAACCGCAAAUGCCAUGCAUUUAUCUACUCAAUCAGGUGAGGAGAAUCAUAUUGAAAAGGAAUCUGGCAGUCCCAGAAGUUGUGAUAACAAUAGUCCAAACGAGGGCAACCUUAGAGAGAAGGAAUCUCCUAGAAACUGUUCAGAGUACCUGCAUAGCCCCUCACAAUUAAGUGGAGAGGACCCCCGUUCGUUGCUACCAUCAAAAUCAUCACCUGAAAUGGCUGUAAAUGGAUCAUGAGUUGAAUCCCAGAAUCAUUCGUUAUACGCAGGAUAACUUGUUUCCUUGUUGGUGUUGGUUUUAUUUUAACUAUAGGAUGUGCUUGGUUGACUAAACAAUCUUGGGCUACCAAAGGAAAAGUGAACUCACAAGAAAGAGACGGAUGCGAAGAAAGCUUGGAAUUCUGAAAUGUUCGUCGGAGGAGAACAUGUAUGGAUCUACCAGGCCAGCCUGAUGCUUUGAGCCGCUCCAUCAACUAAAACAUUCUCUCUGUUUUAACUUUUUCCCCUUUUUUCCAAAAGAAAAAAAAAAGUACUUUUAUUGUUCCAUUUAGAUUUGUGAACUAACUAAUAGAAUGGGGCAGUAAUAUUUCCCCUGCAUAGUAUUAGUACUGGCUUCCUUUUGUUCAUUUUUGUGGUGAGUGUGCCUGUUAUAUACGUAUAGAUAGAGGAGAUGAGAGGAUCUAGGAUGACAACGAGUGAGGAGGCAAAAUUUUCCCGAACUGUAGCUGAUAUAAACCCACUUGUAAAUUGUUAUUACGCAAACUUCACCUUGUAAUUGGGGGGGGGGGUUUCCGCAUUAAAUCCGCUAAACCCCCCAAUUUACUUGUUAUACUUAUUUGAAGAAUUUUAAUGGAUUGGGCUUUUAAUUUUGCACUUAA